GUCAAGAUGACUGAGUUUACAAUUUCCACUAUCACUGAACUGAUUAUGACCUCAGCGCCAGUUUUCAUACUGCUGUUUUUGAGCCUAUCAGGGCACAGCUUGGCCUUUGUCCCUAUAGGGGGUGGAGCAUCUACCCAUGUCAGCAUUACUGGAACAGCACUGUUGCAAAAAGUGACAGAAACGUGUCAGGCGGUGGCUGAUGAAGCUGGUCAUGAGUUCAAACCAACGGGACCAUCUCCUGGGGAGCUGGUCCAGGCCUGCCUUGGUCCCACUGCCACAGGAGAAGUGUCUGGUGCCAAGUUUCACUCAGCCCUUCAAGAGAUCUACACACAGAACGGACUGGUAGACCGUGACUUUGUCAACAGUGCUCCACACCACUUCAACUCAGAGGCUUUUCUCGAGGGACGUCGACUAAUCACAGAAGGCGUUGUAGCGAUCAAGGCUAAUAUUCGUAAUGAGAACUUUAAGGCUGCCAGGGAAACUUUGGGUAGAGUGCUUCACACACUACAGGAUUUUUAUAGCCACAGUAACUGGGUGGAGCUUGGAUACACAGAGCCAUAUAUCAAUCUGAUACGCCCAGAUCUUCCUCUUGAAAAUCUGGCAGAUGUUGACACUGCCACCUGCAGUGACUGUGCAAGUGGAAAAUGCCCCAAUCCCAUCCUCCCCAACAUCCUGAAGGAGAAGAAACUCACAUCUGGCUACAUGGGAAUCUUCUCAGCUGCUAAGCCAAAAGGUAAAUGCAGUCAUGGAGGUGAAGGUGACCUGACUGGCACAUCUGUCCCCCGUGGAGGCAUCAGCAAGGACGAGCGCCGCUCUGACAAUGUGGCCUUUCACAAUGCUGCUGUGAAUGCUGCAACAGCUGCCAGCCUCCAGCUCCUGCAGGACAUCCGGUUAGCUGCAGGAAACAACGACUUCCUAAGAAUGAUGGGGAUUGCCCGCUCUUCUGUUGUGUGUUUUGUUAUCGACACAACUGGCAGUAUGAAAGAUGAUAUCAACGAAGCCAGGUCGGUUGUAUAUGAAAUCAUUGACAGCAAAAAAGGAACACAGGACGAGCCUUCUGAAUACAUUCUGGUGCCUUUCAAUGACCCAGCUUUUGGACCCAUGACCAGGACAACAGACCCUGAUGAAAUGAAAAGAGCAAUCUCAAAGCUCAAAGCAGAUGAAGGUGGUGAUCCUCCUGAGAUGUGCCUGUCAGGACUCCAGGUGGCUCUAACUGGGGCCCCUGCCUCCUCCGACAUUUAUGUUUUCACUGAUGCUGUAGCCAAAGACAUUGAACUCAAGGACACUAUCACUGCACUAAUCAGGACAACACAGUCAAAAGUCUCAUUCUUCAUGACUGGGCCGUCCAGGAGGCUACGUCGGUCUCUCAGAGCUGGCUCUUUUGAAGACUACAAAGUGCUGGCUUUGGCCUCUGGAGGCCAGGCCAUCCAGGUGUCUAAGGGACAGUUGCCUGAGGCCACUGAUGUCAUCCUUGACACGUCCACUUCAGCUUUGGUGACAGUUCUUCAACGAGCAAGGAGCCAUGGAAAGCAGGAGGCUUUCCCAUUUAUGUUGGAUGAAUCCCUAAAAAAUGUCACUAUCUACAUCACAGGAACAUCCCUUACUUUUACACUAACCAACCCUGCAGGUGUGAGCCAGAAACAGGAUGAGGCAAAUGGUAAACUGGGUACCAUAAAGACUGCAGGCAACCUGUGGAGGUUUCGUCUCAGUGCUGACAUACAGACAGGAAUCUGGAAGAUCGACAUCAACUCCAAACAACCAUACACACUCAAAGUCACAGGCCAGAGUACUUUAACCUUCAUCUAUGACUUUGUGGAAAGCUUUGGAGGUCCUCACCCAGGUUAUGCAGUUCUCAGAGGGCGUCCACAAGCAGGCCAGCCGGUUACCCUGAUGCUCUCAGCAAUGGGAAGGAAAGGUCCAUCCUCAUUGUCAGUUGGAGCUGUUGGUCUAGUGACUGUGUCUGGUUCUGAGACUCUGAGUAAUGGCACGUUAACUGACAUGGGCAAUGGGGACAUCUUGGUGACUGUAGGCGCAGUCCCUGAGGGGGAGUUUGUGGUCAGCCUAAAAGGAACUGACAAAGUGUCUAACACUGAAUUCCAGAGGCAGUCAACCACCCAGAUGUCUGUCUCCAAAGUUAAUAUCCAGGCUGUGGUAGACAGCAGCGCAGAGCCAGGAAAACCCUUCAUGCUCCCCUUUAGCGUCAGGACCCAGGGCCUUGGUGGUCAUUACUCUAUCCAAGCCAAAAAUGACAGAAACAUCCCCAUGGAAUUCCCCAAAAGCCUCACCUUGACAGCUGGAGAAUAUGAUAAUGCUACUUUGACCAUAACACCACCUAGCAGCACACCAUCCGGCACUGAUGUCACUCUGACACUGGAGGCCAAGUCAGCCAGUGGUGUUGACUCCAAUUACGCAGUGUUGAGAAUAUCUGUCGUCAGCAAGAUUACAGAUUUUGAUCCGCCCCACUGUGAAGGGAUCAUUGUGCUGGCUGAUGAUUGCCCACAGGAUGUUUCUGAGUGUGAACCUUUCCAAUGGUCGUUAUCCGCCAACCUUACAGAUGGAAAUGGCACAGGAAUAGAUAAAAUUACCCUACAACAGGGCAAUGGAAACCUGACCUACACCCCCCUUAAUAAUCCUCCUGUUAUAGCAAACUACACAGCCUCCUGCUGCUCACAGAUUGUUGAGUUUACAUCUGUAGAUAAAGUUGGCAAUGUGGGCAAGUGCUAUCACUCAAUUGUCCAAUCUGCUGGCCCUCCAGCCUUAACCCUUUCACUGCCACUUUGGCUGUGCCUACUGGUAUCUGCCCUGUCAAGGCAUUAAAGAGCCUUGUAGGGACCUAGUAAAGGAUGGGUGCUCUGUCAAGGCAAUACGAGUUCCUAUGCAUAACAUGAGAUUGGAUAUAGCAGUGCAUUUCUAACUUAUUUAAGAUUUGUUUCAGCAUUCUAAUAGUUCAUGCAAAGUCCCAAAGAGUAAUAAUAAAGCAAAUACAACUCAAACCAAAUAAUGAAGUACACUCUAACUCACAAAAAUGGUCACAAAAUGUUUUGCCUCUAGUCACAAACAUGGCUCCAAACACUGGUAGCCUUGUCUAUAUGCUCACCAGAAGCCAAGGUUCCACCUGGUGUUAAAUGUCAGAAAAAACCCUCUUAUCUGUUUCUCAUUUAACAAUAAAGUUAAAGCAGCAAUACAAGCCUUUUUUGGAUCCAA